UUAAACUUCAGACAAGCGCCCCCUAGCGAGAGAGAAAACACUUCUCUAUUAUGCCAUUCCAGACUCUGUCUACGAAACAAAGUCAAGUAGCAGAGUCUGGUAUUACCAGGCUAAGGAUGACAUAAUAGACACAGUUCAUUUGCCUGGAUAAAGCAAUAAACUAAACUUUUUUUUUGAGUCCAUUAUAUAAUAAGUUUAUUGUGGAUUUUAGAUUAUCAAGGAACAGUGCAGACUAAUGUAUUUUUAAAUAUGUUGGUUUAAUUUCCAAUCAUGUUGUUUCUGACAGCACUUGAGAAAUAUUGCUGUUAUUAUAUAAUAAUAUAAUCCCUCACUGGUGUUGUCUUUUCUUAAAUAAUAUCUCUUUCUCUUGUUUGUUCCCUAUGUUAUACAUCCAGCAAGGCAAAGUGCCGUGUCUUAUGGAGCUAAACUCUGAUGUUUAACAAAGCACCGUAAUGAGUGGGAAAGUCUGGAUAUUGAUCACUGCAGUUUCAUUAAUCACCCAUGUUUACCAUGUCCAGUCCAAGUGUAUGGACCGAGACAUCAAGGCACAUCUGGAUGAGUGGUUGUUGAAAGAGCACGUGUUUCUGAUGAAGGUGUUCUCGCCUGAAAUGAAGGAACAUGCGCUUCUAUCAGUGAUAAAUACCCUGUGUUCAUACUGGAUAAAUAAUAAGGGAAAUAAUAAUUUAAUGGUUGUAAAAACUUUUGGCAUGAUGCUGUCAGAUCUAGAUAAAAAAUAUGAAGACUUUUGUGCAAAUCUCAACUGCACGGAUGCUUACACAGUACGCAUCAUUGACACAACCACUUUUGGAGAAAUGUAUAGAAAUUCUUGCAAUGGAUCUGUAUCAGACCUGAAGUGUCCAUCAAAGAGCGCCCCUUUAACAACGAUCAGCCCAACUCCUGAAUCCAGUAUAACAUCUUUAACAACAUUGGUCAGCCCCAAAAUCACUGCUCCUGAAAAUGUGACAGCAGAUCCACCGGGGCAUACAAAACUCAUCAAUAAAGAUGACGAUCAGUGGGCUACCAUUAAAACAUGUUCUGGACUCCUUGUUGUGUCAUUUCUGCUGAAUAUUGUUUUACUCUUGAAGGUGUUUCUCAUGCACAGGAAGUUAAAAACAUCCAGAGAGAUGACAGACUUGCAGUUGAGAGAAAAUUAAUAAUUUUAGCACUUUGUCAGUCACGUGUUUACGUGUUUCUCCAGCUCCAUACUGCAGUCAUUCUCCAGUCAUCUCUUACUGCUUCCACACUCUCUAUGCUAUACAAGGCACAGUUCUGUUUUUAUAAACAUGUGUGACUGACAAUAUGACUGACGUUCCCACAGCUUGUGUAUUUUUCAGAUUGUAAUUGUAAUUAUCUUAAAUGUGCCUCUGUAAAUGUCAUCCAUUAUCUAUCAGGUACUCCUGUUCAUGGUUUUCUGGCCCAGGAUGAUGUGGAAUAAAAUGGUCUGUCUGUCUAUCCUACAGAUGUUUUCAGAAAUACUUUAAAUAUACCGUAAUUCGCAAAAGAAGAAACCCUCUCUUUUUAACACUUUAUUUUAUUCAGCUUGGUAUUUAUUAUCAGUUUUUAUUUGAUCUACUUACACAUCCCCAGUUCUUUUUGUUCUAUCGAUAAUAUAUAUAUAUAACUAGUGCAAAAAGUAUUGGGGGAAAAUAAUCUAUCCUCUUUAGCAUUCAGGUCUUGAAUGUUUGUGCCAGAUGGGAACAAAAAGUAUUUACAGACAAAUUACAGCUGCAAAAAAGAAAAAGUAAUAUAUCCUGUUUUCUGGAGUUUAUAUUUUAUUGUGUUGUUUAUUUUAUACAAUAUCUUUCUAUGUUUAUAUUUUGCAAUGUUUGCGUGUAAGAGAGGACAUGCAUAAUAUAUUUCUGGGUAUCUCAGAAGUCAGAAUGUAAAUUUUAUGUUAAUGAUCUUUGUGCCUUUGUGUAAAAUUGACAUUUGUUUUCUGUCUCAACCAGUAAAAUGG